GGUCAUAUCGAUCCGCUGCAGACUGCGGUAGAGCAGUAACUAACCUUUCUCAUACCGACUGACAUGCACUCGAAUUAACUGGGCGGAUUCAGUCAGUCAGCCCUCUACGCUCGUACGAGUCGCAUAAAACCCGAUCGCUUUCUUAACACUGAGUCUAACAGAUCGUCGGACCGAUGAUUGGCACGUUUUGGAACCUUUGCCGCGCCUGCCCUUCCAUGCCGGUAGACAAGCUGCAUUCUGAAUAUCGAAGUACAUACCGAUGGCAUGAAUACACGGGUCCGAGGCAGGAGGUCGUCAGGCAACCACCGCAGCCAGUCACAGGUGUGUGCUGUUUGUUUGAGCGAUCUGUGAUGAUGGCAACAAACACGACUUUGUUUAGGUAUUUUGCGAGUACUAAGGACGGCAUCUCCUGGGGUUUCUUCCAGCAAAUGACAUUCGGGAAUAAAGAAGAGGAAGAAAACAAAUUUAUCGAGAACACCAAAGUUCCUCCGAUAUCAGGUCUUGGUGCCAUAGAACCUGCACUUCCUAGAAGAAAAAAAAACCCUUCACUUGCCUACAGGACGAACGAUUUCAUACCAACGAAGAGAGAUAGAGAUUACUACCACACCUCUUCCUCUCUGGAUCGCGCAAGGUGCGCAGGUCGGGAGGGCGAUCAGGGCAGCUGCCGGAGGAGCAAGUCAGAAGGGCCGCCCAACCAGCCACCGUCUCCUCAUCAUCAGCGCGUCUUAAGAAGCGACUCAGAUCCAUCCGCACAACAAUUGAUGAUAUCAAAUUUCUCCGUGGAAAACAGUAAUAAUAAAAAUGGAGGCCUAAAAAAUGCCAUAUCAAGAAUAAGUACUGAAUACAGGUUACAAUUUGCAUGGCCUAGAAGUGGUAAGUCCAAAGAAGAUGACAAGAACAAUUUGCCAAGGAAAUCGCUAAGUAUGGGAGCCAUCAAACCCCAGGCCCAAAUAGCCCCAGUACACAAGAAGCGAACAUUACAACAAGAGGGAAGUGGUGAAAUGGAGCCUUUGGUAAGUGCCAUCGACACUGUUGAUACUGGGGAAGAAAAAAUCCAAGAAGAAUCAUUUAGUAAAGAAGAUAAAUUCAAAUUAAGUCAAAAAUCGGAAAUUAAGACUGAAUAUGAGAAAAAUUUUCGACCAUUUUCACAAUACGACUCAAAUGAAAUUCGACCGGUAAAGGGAAAACGAGACCCAUUCAUCCAACCCCAACCGCAACAACAACUUCCGGAUACUUGGUUCACUGAAGUUAUUGAACUUAGAAAGAAAGCAGGACAAUAUAAGCAUCGUGGAUGGGGCACAGAACUUGUCCCUGAGCACAUUGCCGAAUUGUAUAGCAAGCAGAUGGGACUUUGGGAACAAGUUUCGCGUCGUUCCUCUCUAUCAGCACUCUCUUUAGCAUCUUCAACACAUCGACCGAUUUCAAAAGAAGAAAAAGAAAAAGAAAACAACAAGAAAUCUUCACCUACUAAAAACUGGCAGCAUUCUAAAUUGGGCAAGGGUGAAAAAUAUGAUGACUAUAAAAAAGAUGGAAUUCAUCGCUCUAGGUUUGACAAUUUUGUUAGGCAUCAUCUUGAACGUACUACUGGAGUUGGAGAACAAGGAAUAUUACAUUCACCAACCAGGGAAAAAUUAGAGCCUGUGAUUCCUCGGAAAAAGGAUGGAAGUGACUUAAGCCAGAGUCCUCAAAAAGCACACUAUACUGGGAGAUCUCAAUCAGCUGGAUCACCGAAACGUGGAACUUCGAAAUUACACCAAAAGACGCCACCUCCAGAAAAACGAGAACGACCGACUACCCUUCAAACCGCUCCCACCCGAACCAAAUCUAACACAGGUUCUGUAAAAGCCAGUGAUUCCAAGGCAAGAGGGACUCAUAAACCUAAAGAGAUAACCUCACCAAACGUCAAUGAUACAGACAAAAACAAGGAAGAACCUGAUGCAGCUAUUUUGUCCGAACCUGUUGUCAAAUCACCCCCUGAGCCAACCAGGGUGAAAUCGCCGGAACAAAUUCUCAUGAGAUCGCCGGAACCCGUCAAUUGGACAGUUCCUUUGGACACAGGGAAGACUUUUACUGUUACUCAGAAUGUAUCUCAAGGUGAUAUCCAGUGGAGGGCACAAAGUGAAAGUAAAGCUCGCAGUGAGAGCAGGGUAGCCUCACUCCCACCUCAAUCAGCACCUCCUCAAAUAAAUGAUGAAAAGAGUGAGGCUGACAAAACAAUAGGGGAACUACGCUGCUUGGAAGAUCCCUCAUUUUCUUUUGAUGGUGAUACAACUGGUGAAGACAUUAUGGAUAAGGCAAAUACAAGGUUUCAUCACUAUUGGGCAGCUAACGCACAAGAACCAUCCCAACCAUCCCAAUAAUUUCAAAUGCCAUAAUAAAUAAAUAAUUAAUUAAAUUAAAUAAACAUUUAUAUAUAUAUAUGUGUAUGUGUUCAUAUAUAUUUAUAUAUUUAACAAUAUAUUUAUAUACAAACACAUACGUACAUACACGCUAAUAUUUCUUGUUUUAUAUAAACCCAAGAGAUAGAACAUAGUGUUUUGAUAUGUUAACAAAUUGAGAGAAACAAAAAUAGGUGACCUUUGAAUAUUCAUAGUUUUUGAUUUAUAUCAGAGCUGGUGUGUUAGGAUUAAAAAAACAAAAUUUAAAAAAAAAAUUAUACGAGACGUUGAGAUAUAGAAUUUGUAAAUGAAAAAUUAUUCCUGUAUUUGGUGAUGAUUCAUAAUUGUUGACGUAAUGUAUUUAUAUUCCAAGUAAGUUGAUUUUGUAGAGAGAAAAAAAAUGUCUUCUGCACUCUAUGCUUAACAACAUCAAUAGGGUUAUACAUCAGCAAUUAAAUUUUAAUUAUUUGGUAUGCAAGUGAAAAAAAAGUCUGCAUUUGUUUCCUUUAAAACUAUUUAACUGUAUUGGCCACAGGAAAAAUUGUUGUGCAUAGGUGUAACUUGUGUUUCAAAUGCUGAUUAAUUGGUAAAAGUAAUGGUGUCAUAAUAAGCGACUUGAUCUAUCACGAAGCAGAUAAGCUUUAAUGAAUCGUCCAUUAAAAAAGAAUGAAUAAAAAAUUCCAUAUAUUUUAGUGGUCGAUACAAUUUUUAAAAGGUUACUGAAAUCCUUGUUUUUAAUGUGAUACUUUUAUUAUACCAUAUUUAUUUUAUAGAAUAAAUUUGCAAGUUUUAAUUUCAA